CGGGUCUUACGUUUAUUGUGGGGAAUGCACCCUGAAAUGUCCCCUUGACCCUCAGCUGGCCUCUUCGAUUCAUUAUAUUUAAGGAAGAGUGUAUUCUCCUGUUGAUAAGAACAAACCAACAACCCAUUCAUCAACAACUCUCUUUCGUCUUUCACUUCGAAUCUUAAAUAAGUACUUAAUUGUAACACAUAUUCUUUCUUGUCUUACCUAAUUCGAAACCUCCACAAUCCUCAAUCCUACAACCAACAAUAACCCCUUUUCCAAACAACGACAGUCAAGAACAAAUAAAGAAAAGAUGUCUGGAUACCCACCUCAACAACCUCAAUAUGGUCCUCCACAAGGCCAAUACCCCCCUCAACAGGGCUACGGAUAUCCUCCUCAACAACCACAGGUAUGUUCCCGAGCACAAACUCGCGAUCGGAAAUUGGGAGACAGCGCUAAUGAUAUUGCAGAUGUAUCCCCAACAACAACCCCAAGUUGUAAUUGUCAAGGAGGAGAAGAAGGAGAGAGGAUGUCUUACUGCUUGGUAUGUUUUCCAACCCUCCCUUUCAGAUCAAUCUGCCUCCCCUCGUGUAGAAUCAAUUCGCUAACUUCUUCUUGACAGUUUGGCCACCCUCUGUUGUUGUUGGCUCUGCGGAGAGACCUGCGAAUGUUGUUUGGAUUGCUGCGAAUGUUUCGAUGAGUGCUGUUAGUCGGAUAGGGUUCCAUCCUAAAGGAUAGAUGGAUUUUUUAUGGGGAAAAUACUUGAUGAGACAGUCGAAAUUGCGGGCGCGCGGGUUUUUAUAUUGAGAUACCAUUUGGAGUGUAAACUCUAGGAUUAAGU